AUGUCAAUGACCAUCCCAGAUGCAGUUGCACCGACCGAACCAACCCAACCAACCCAACCUAGUCGGGAGCGAAGAUCUUCCGUAGGAGCUCCUAUUGCCGAUCUCCAAGGUCCUGUCGGCCCGGGAUUCAGUCGUCCCAAGCACAAGCGAACAUUCACCGGCUUUGGGCCUUCCGAGAUUAAGAAUGUUGAAGCUAGCAUUCCCGAGCCACUACGAGAGGCCUGGAGAAACCAUUCGGCUACUGAAUUCACCAAUAAAGAAGAAUUCGAGAAAGAUUUCGUGCGCCAUAUUGAAACGACCCUCGCUCGGUCGCUGUAUAAUUGCGAUGAAUUGGCCGCAUACUCGGGAACCGCGCUUGCUUUUAGAGACCGGUUGAUCAUCGAGUGGAACAAGACUCAGCAGCGUCAGACUUUCACCGAUCAGAAGCGAGUUUACUAUUUGUCGCUUGAGUUCCUCAUGGGACGUACGUUGGACAAUGCUAUGUUGAAUGUUGGCUUGAAGGAUGCUGCUCGAGAUGGAUUGAGCGAUCUUGGAUUCCGAGUCGAGGACGUCAUUAACCAGGAGCACGAUGCAGCCUUGGGCAACGGUGGUCUGGGGCGCCUGGCGGCGUGCUUUUUGGACAGUAUGGCGACGCUGAACUACCCAGCCUGGGGGUACGGGCUGCGUUACCGCUAUGGUAUCUUCAAGCAGGAGAUUGUCAAUGGCUACCAGGUGGAGAUUCCAGACUACUGGCUGGAUAACAACCCCUGGGAAUUCCCGCGACACGAAAUCACAGUCGACAUCCAGUUCUAUGGUAACGUCAAGAAAUACCAGGAUGAGAGUGGCAAGAUCUCGCAUUCGUGGGAGGAUGGUGAGAUUGUUCAAGCUAUCGCGUACGAUGUCCCCAUUCCCGGGUACGGCACGAAGACCACCAACAACCUUCGUCUGUGGUCUAGCAAGGCCAGUAGCGGAGAGUUUGACUUCCAGAAGUUCAAUGCUGGAGACUAUGAAAGCGCAGUGGCGGACCAGCAGAGAGCGGAAACAAUUUCAGCUGUUCUCUAUCCCAAUGAUAACCUCGAGCGAGGCAAAGAACUGCGUCUGAAGCAGCAGUACUUCUGGUGUGCUGCCUCGCUGUUUGACAUCGUUCGGCGGUUCAAGAAGACAAAACGGGCCUGGGGCGAGUUCCCUGAUCAGGUCGCCAUCCAGCUUAACGACACCCACCCAACCCUUGCAAUUGUUGAGUUGCAGCGCAUCUUGAUUGACAAGGAGGGCUUGGAAUGGGAUGAGGCGUGGAACAUUGUGACCAAGACCUUCGGGUAUACUAAUCACACCGUCCUUCCCGAAGCGCUGGAGAAAUGGUCUGUCCCGCUGAUGCAGAACCUGCUUCCGCGACACUUGCAAAUUAUCUACGAGGUGAAUCUGUUCUUCUUGCAAUCCGUUGAGAAGCGAUUCCCCAAUGAUCGUGAAAUCCUGUCGCGCGUCUCGAUCAUUGAAGAGUCGCAUCCCAAGAUGGUGCGCAUGGCCUACCUGGCCAUCAUUGGCUCCCACAAAGUCAACGGUGUGGCCGAGCUGCAUUCAGACCUGCUCAAGACCACUCUCUUCAAGGACUUUGUGAAGAUCUAUGGACCAGACCGUUUCACCAAUGUUACCAAUGGUAUCACCCCGAGACGCUGGCUCCACCAGGCCAACCCUAGGUUGUCUGCAUUGAUUGCAGAGAAGCUUGGAGGCUAUGACUUCCUGAAGGAUCUUACCCUUUUGGACAAGAUAGAGGCCUUUGUCGACGACAAGGCCUUCCGCGAAGAGUGGGCGGUCAUCAAGCGGGAGAACAAACUGCGCCUAGCCAGACACAUCAAGACCACCACAGGAUUCGAUGUCAAUCCCAAUGCGCUCUUUGACGUGCAGGUGAAGCGUAUCCAUGAGUACAAGCGCCAGCAGCUCAACAUCUUUGGAGUCAUUCACCGCUACUUGAGUAUCAAAGCCAUGUCAGCCGAAGAGAAGAAGAAAGUGGUGCCUCGGGUUUCCAUCUUCGGAGGCAAGGCAGCCCCCGGUUACUGGAUGGCGAAGACCAUUAUUCAUCUCAUCAACAAGGUGGCCGAUGUAGUGAACAAGGACCCAGAGAUUGGCGACCUUCUAAAGGUUAUCUUCAUCGCGGAUUACAACGUCAGCAAGGCGGAGAUUAUCUGCCCUGCUUCGGAUAUUAGCGAGCACAUCUCAACUGCCGGUACCGAAGGCAGCGGCACGAGCAACAUGAAGUUCGUCCUGAACGGCGGUCUGAUCAUCGGCACCUGCGACGGAGCCAACAUCGAAAUCACCCGCGAAAUCGGCGAGCAGAACAUCUUCCUCUUCGGCAAUCUCGCAGAAGACGUCGAGGACCUGCGCCACCGACACUUCUACGGCAACUUCAAGCUGGACCCACACUUGGAGCGCGUGUUCGACGCAAUCAAAGACAACAUGUUCGGCGACAAAGCUGACUUCUCCGCGCUCACCAGCUCCAUCGAAGAGCACGGCGACUACUACCUCGUCUCGGACGAUUUCAACUCCUACAUCACCACGCACGAGAUGGUCGACGAGGCCUUCCAGAAUCAGGAGGAGUGGCUGGCCAAGUCGAUUACCUCUGUCGCGCGCAUGGGAUUCUUCUCUAUGGACCGCGUGACUAAUGAGUACGCUGAUAGUAUCUGGAAUGUCGAGCCUCUGGAUGUUACGGACUAA